AUGUCCCCCGCCAUGAUGGACGUCAACCUGUAUGAAGAGGCCAGGCUGUACAGCACCAACGCCGAGCGCGAGCGGUGGGAGAACUGCGCGACGCUCUUCUCGCUCAUCGUCUCUCUCGAAAACCUUGAGCGUGCCUAUGUGCGCGGGAGCGUCACGGAGGCCGACUAUGCGCCGGCAUGCACAAAGAUGCUCGCACAGAGCAAGACCAUCCUCAACCUCAUCACGUCGGAGCAGUCCAACUCCGAGCUGCCGGGCGGGCCACCAGCAAUCUCAAGCGCGCAGGACUUUAUGAAGUUCUUUCGGAUGGACCACCCCGCUGCGUCGCACCGCUUGCUGAUUGGCGUGCCAGCCACCGUGGAGCACGCAUCGGCCAUCAGCAACUCGAGCGCGUCCGAGCGCGCGAAAUGGGUCGCCGAGCUGACACAGGCCUGGAUCACGCUCAUGGAUGCACUGAAACUGAAGCUCCGCGCCAAGGACCAGCUGCAUCCGCUGCUCAGCGACCUCAUGAGCAGCUACUCGAAAGCAGACGAACAGGGCGCCGGCGAAGGAAGGGCACGGCUUCUCCAAUGGCUCAUCUCUCUCAAUCAGAUGAAGGCAAGCGACGAGCUGUCAGAAGACCAAGCGCGGCAGAUGCUUUACGAAGUGGAAAGCGCAUAUACAAACUGGUUCCGUGCGCUUCAAGGGUGA